AUGUCGUCGUCCGCCGAAGCGCCGUGCGAGGCGGCGCCGUGGGUGGUGGGAGUGACGGCGCGCGCGCCGAGCAACAUCGCGGUGAUUAAGUACUGGGGAAAGCGCGACGAGGCGCUUGUGCUGCCGCUUAAUGGCAGCGUGAGCGUGACGCUCCACGUGGACCAGCUAGCCGCCGAAACCACCGUCGCCGUCAGCCCGUCGUUCACUGCGGACCGGCUCUGGCUCAACGGCAAGGAGGUGGCGAUGAGCAGCCACCGCUACAGCAACUGCCUGGCUGCCCUGCGUGCACGCGCCUCCUCCACGCACUGGCGCCUGCCCGCUCCAGGGACCACACAGCAGGGCGGGCAGGGAGGGGGCGAGCAGGAGGAGGUGGAGAUAGGAGCGGGGCAGUGGCAGCAGCUGCGGGUGCACGUGGUGUCGGCUAACAACUUCCCCACCGCUGCUGGCCUCGCCUCCUCCGCUGCUGGCUUUGCAUGCCUCGUGUUCGCCCUGGCAGAGCUCAUGGGAGUGAAGGAGGCAUACCCGGGGGAGCUCUCAGCCAUCGCCAGGAUGGGAUCUGGCAGCGCGUGCAGGAGCCUGUACGGCGGAUUUGUCACGUGGGACAAGGGCGAGCUAGAAGACGGGAGCGACAGCAUGGCGCGGCAAGUCAAGGCAGAGGACCACUGGAGCGACCUGGUCAUCAUCAUUGCAGUGGUGGAGGAGAGGGAGAAGGACAUUGGCAGCAGCGAGGGCAUGAAACGGUCCGCCCAGACCUCCAAGCUGCUGCAGCUGCGCGCUGAGCAUGUGGUACCAGAGCGAAUCACAGCAAUGGAGGCAGCCAUAGCAGCGCGCGACUUCCCCUCAUUUGCGCGGCUGACCUGUGCGGACAGCAACCAGUUCCACGCCACGUGCCUCGACACGGCGCCGCCCAUCUUCUACCUCAAUGCCACGUCGCGCCGCGUGAUUGGCUUCGUGGAGGAGUUUAAUGCUCAGGGGGAGCAGCCAGGG